UAUUUCAAUAGAAGUCGUUAGCGAGGUAGCUACUUGUUAAGUUAUAUUGUUGUUCAAAUCCCCAGAGACGAGCUAACUUAUGAUAUAACCGCUUUGUUCCGUUUUGGGUUGGUUUAUAACGUUAGCUAGCACAGAUAAUUAUUAGUAAUGACGUUAGAUAGCUAGUUGAUAUAGCUGACGAUGGGAAUAUCUAGCCAUCUAGCUAGAAAGUUUAAAUCAAACUAUUUUGAGCUAACAACCAGACGUAUUUUUGUUAGCUCGGUGGUCAUUGAAUGACGGUGAAGGAUAGGAGCACAUUCAACAGUCUUAAUGUUAAAUUACACAUCCGAUGAGAUUUAAUUUAACAGGUUAAAGUCUAUACCGUAACGGUAAGCAUAGCUGCUGUUUACAAUACUACAUUUCCUUCAAACCCUUGGUGCGUAACAAGCUAACGUUGGCUACGUUACUGAUUGAUAGAUUCAAUUGAAGCGAGGCAAGCUGUAGGAUUUGGAUUGGACGUUUGAUCAUCUCAUAUAUAGAUAUAUAUAUAUAUCUAUAUAUAUAUAUAUAUCUAUCGCUAGCUAGCUAAUGGUAAUGGUAAGCGUCAUUUCUAAAAGAGAAGGACAUCUAUGACCGUGAAUAGAAAUUCAAUGAGGAUUAUGUAACAAGGGUUCUCUUUGCUAGAUCAGCUCACCAGCUGCUCUCUAACAAUACAUGAUUCUCUAGCCAGUGGUGAUUCACGGACACGGUUUCUUCUGUUACCUUCACUAAGACCACAUGAUUCUUUCAUCUCAUCAUAUCAAAUGAAUUACGGACGUGUUUGUGUCAUCGCGCAAGAAAUAUUCUAUAUCAGGCUUAGGAACCUUAUCCUGUGGACGGAAGGACAUCGUUUCAGCAACUACCACUUACUCUGUCCCUCUGUUUGGCCCAAACUGCUUAUCACUGCAACGCUCAGGAAUACCCACGUCAUAACCGGGAAGCAGCUAUGCAGCUUGAAAUACAAGUAGCACUUAACUUUAUUAUUUCCUACUUGUACAACAAACUCCCCAGACGGCGUGUGAACAUCUUCGGGGAGGAGCUCGAGAGGCAGCUGAAGAAGAAGUAUGAAGGUCACUGGUACACUGAUAAGCCAUACAAGGGCUCUGGGUACAGGUGCCUCCAUGUAGGGGAGAAGGUGGACCCUGUGGUGGAGCAGGCAGCCAAGGAGAGCGGCCUGGACUUGGACGACGUCCGGGAUAAUCUCCCUCAGGACCUAAGUGUGUGGAUUGACCCCUUCGAGGUGUCCUACCAGCUUGGCGAGAAGGGGCCGGUCAAGGUGCUGUAUGUGGAUGAUAACAAUGAGAACAACGGGUCCGAGUUGGACAAGGAGAUCAAGAACAGCUUCAACCCAGAGGCCCAGGUCUUCAUGCCCAUCAGUGACUCUAUCGGGACCUCUUCUGAGUCCAGCUCUCCUUCACCCCCUUUCGGGCAAUCUGCGGCCAUUAGCCCCUCGUUCAUGCCGCGCUCCACCUAUCCAAUAACCUUCACCACCGCCACCUUUGCCGCCACCAAGUUUGGCUCCACCAAGAUGAAGAUCUCCGGCCGCAACAACAACAAUGGUAACGGCAACAAGGUGGCCCGCACCUCCCCAACCAAUGACCUGGGGCUGAAUGUGAACACCCUAAUGAAGCAGAAAGCCGUUUCCACCUCUAUGUACUCUCUGUACGGCCUGGGCCAGCAGCAGAAUGCCUCUGCACUCUCUCCUAAUGCUAAGGAGUUUGUGUUCCCCAGCCUCCAGGGUCAGGGGAGCUCCGGGGGCGUGUUCCCCAGCCUCCAGGGUCAGGGGAGCUCCGGGGGCGUGUUCCCCAGCCUCCAGGGUCAGGGGAGCUCCGGGGGCGUGUUCCCCAGCCUCCAGGGUCAGGGGAGCUCCGGGGGCGUGUUCCCCAGCCUCCAGGGUCAGGGGAGCUCCGGUGGCGUGUUCCCCAGCGAGGGCUCUCUCAGCCUCAGCCCGCUGCAGUACAACGAUGCCUUUGACGUGUUUGCGGCCUACGGAGAUCUCAACGACAAGACCCUCAAUGAUGGGCUGAACUUCAACCUCAGCAACAUGCAGUAUUCCAAGCAGCAAUUCCAGUCGGUCAUGGCUAACUAAACCUGACACUAGGACUUGAACAUGUUAUUUCUUAAUGACGACGGUAGCUUGAAGGGAAGGAUUACGAAGAACUGGACUUUCAAGGAACCUCUUGAGGAGCUUUCUAUCUAGUUAGGGAAGCAGCAUGUGUCCAAGGGUGCUUUUUCUCUGCCCCAUCGAAUUUAUAUAUAUUUUUUUACUAAAAGUUUGUUGUAGGAACACGUCCAAGCUUGAUUACUUAAAUUCAACAUGCAUAGUUGUUUUUUUUUGUCAACCGAGCACAAAAUAUAUUUUUGUACUAUGUUUGAAAUACAAAAAAAUACUCCAUUAACAUGGAUAAAAAAAUAUAUAAAAAAAAAAUGUUUCUGUCCUCUUAGUGUUUUACAUGUGUUUUACAUGUUUACAUGGCAGAUUUGUAUGACUUUGCACUACUAAAUGGGGUUACUUGGUCUUUUUCUACUUGUAUAAUUUAAUUUAGUACAGAGUUUAAGAUAUCAGAGUAUAUAUUGUUUCUUUGACAUGGCAGUGCAUCUAUCUUUUUACUACUCCAGUGAUGGCUGCAGCAGCUUGUCAUUGUGUUUUUUUAUGAGUAGUAUUUUUUUAUUUUUAGGUAAAGAAUUGUCUUUAAAAUCCAUCACGUAUUCUAAAGAUUGCGAACAGAGUUUUCCUUUGUGGUGGCAUUUCAUGUACAACAAGAGUUGUAUUUUCUCUUAAGAGUUGGAAGAUUUUGCUAUAUUAUGUACAAAAAUGUAAAUGGUAUACAUUAAUUUUGUACCUACAUUGUGUAAUACUUGAUUUAAAAAAAAUACGGGAAAACAAAGUAUUUUUUGUCCGUGUCUUAGAUGUCAAGAGGGACUGGAAUAGUUUAUUGUUUUGUAUUAAAAAUGCUUAAAUUAUGUUUCUCUUUUUACAUUUAAAAACAAUAUUUGCACCCUGGUCUUUUUAAUAAAUUAAACUACAGUCAAAACAUGA